CUUUGCAAAGCCAGUCUUUCCGGGGCAAACUUUACAAACAGAAAUGUGGAAGGAAGGAAAUAGAAUUCAUUUUCAGACCAAGGUCAAAGAGACUGGAGACAUUGCUAUUGCAGGUGGCUAUGUGGAUGUAGUAUCAGCCUUGGAUAAGCCUUCUUCACUGAAGCCUACUGCAAGGCUGCAGAGUGACCUGGUGUUUGAAGAAAUUGGCCGUCGCAUCAAAGAGAUUGGACAUGAAUUGGUAAGGAAAGUGAAUGCUGUGUUCCAGUGGAACAUCACUAAAGAUGGAAAAACAGCAGUGCAAUGGAGUAAGUAAUAGCUCUUAUAUAAUGU